GACAGCGCCCGUCAUUCCUAACCCCAGAACGACCCUCAGGUGCGGGAAUUUCCCGGGCUCCAGGGCUGCGAAAUUUCCUCCCCAGCCAUGGAUAAAAGGGGUUCGUCCGUCUCCGGGAGCCACAGAUCGCUCUCAGCCAGCUCUCCCACCAGCUCACGCGCUCCAGGCACCACCGCCCAGACCCACCGAGCUCAGCACCAUGGCCCGCACCCCGACCUCCGCUGUCAUCCGCGUCCCCGGACUCCUCCGGGCCGCACUCCUGCUCCUGCUCCUGGUCACCUCCUGCCGGCACGCUGCAGGGGCUCCCGUGGCCAAUGAACUUCGCUGCCAGUGCUUGAAGACCUUGCAGGGAAUUCACCCCAAGCUCAUCCAGAGUGUGAAGGUGACAGUCCCAGGAGCCUCCUGCGACCAAACCGAAGUCGUAGCCACACUCAAGAAUGGACAGGCAGUUUGUCUCAACCCUGAAGCCCCUGUGGUUAAGAAAAUGAUUGAAAAGAUGCUAAACAAGGGCAGCACCAACUGACCUAGAGAGAAGCAGCUCCUGGUGUUGGCUCCUGAAAGGAGGUCCCUGCCCUGAGGGGACUGAAAAUGAAGAAGGUUCCCAUGACUCCCUGCCACAGACACAAAGGGAUUACUGUGCUUGACUUUUUUAUUGAUCUGAGGUCUAUUUAUUUAUCUGUGUAUUUAUUUUUGAAAGCCUGUAUUUUAAUAUUGUACAUGUUAGUAUUUAAAGGUGUGGAAGGUGUGAAUGUGUUUAAUUGCACGUAACUCAGUUCUGAUUGUUAUUUAUUUGAAGAUGAUGGAUUUUAAGUGUCUCAUUAAACUAAUGUUUAUUGGGAGACCAUUAAGUGCCAGGCACUGUGAUAGAGGUGGAGGAGGAGCUAUGGGGGAGGGGAGUCUAAGCGAUUGGACAGUGAAAUCACUUACUAGGGUCAGGGAAAGUGUGUGCACAUCUACUUUUGUACUUGUUUAGAAGAAUGUUAUUUAUUCUUUAUUGAAACCAUUUCACAUUAAGUGGUCAACAUUUUUCUGUUGAAGCUUCCCUUGGACAUUUUAUGUCUUGCUUGUAAGGCAUAAUGCCUUGUUUAAUGCUCAUGUUGCCAUGAUUUCUUUGUCUUAGAACAGAGAAGGUAAAACUACUGUUACAUUUUUACAAAUGACAUGAAAAUAAAA